UAAAAAACAAAAAACUUAAGCCAGCCCAUCCUUCGUUGACCCCUCGCCGUCGGCACGCCACCGCUCAUCGCAGCUCGCCCCUCCACCGCCAAGUCACCUACCCUUCCGUCGUCCUCGUCGGCCUCACUGCACGCCCCUGCCUCUCCCACCCCACCCCGCGCUCAGGAUCUAGCACCAUCCGACCUCCCACCUCCCAUAGGCGCGCCGCCUCCGGGACACCGGGCGGUAGGGCGCGAGCCGCGCGGCAGGAGGAGGAGGAGCAUGAGGAGGCGGCCGGGGAUCGCCGGCUUGCAGAACGCGGCGGCGACUCGCGACAAAUUCCGUCUGGUCGGGGAGAAUGUGGCCAAGGUCAGGACGGAUGUCAUGCAGGAGCAGCUCGCGACAUUCAGGUCGCAGCUCGAAGAAUUCGCUCGCAAGCAUAAGAGUGACAUCCGUAAAAAUUCGGUAUUUAGACAGCAGUUUCAUGAAAUGUGUGCAAAAGUUGGAGUAGAUCCACUGGCAUCUAAUAAAGGAGUUUGGGCAGAGCUCCUAGGGAUUGGUGACUUCUACUAUGAAUUGGGUGUUCAGAUCGUUGACAUAUGCAUAGCGACCAGAUCGCAUAAUGGUGGUCUUAUUGACUUGCUAGAACUCCGCAAGCUUCUCUGCCAGAAAAGAAAAACUGAUCUUGGGUCAUUAUCGUCAGAUGACUGUUUACGUGCUAUAAGUAAGCUCAAGGUCCUUGGUAGUGGUUUUGAAGUAUUUUCUGUUGGGAAGAAAAAGCUUGUGCGAUCGGUUCCUACUGAGUUAAAUAAAGACCAUAAUGGGAUACUUGAACUAGCUCAGGCUAAAGGCUAUGUCACCGUAGAACAAGUUGAGAAGGAGUUCUCAUGGUCAACUGGCCGUGCAAUUGAUGCCCUUGAAACCUUGCUAAAGGAGGGACUUGCUAUGAUCGACGACGGACACAGGGAUGGCAAGCGUAGAUACUGGUUCCCGUGUGUCACCCUCAGCUCCGAUGCCUCCGUUUCUGAAGCAAAGUCAUGAUGUACCUGUACUGUUGUAUUUUCUUUUCCCCUUGUCUUCAUGAGAGCUGGAACCACCUGUGCUACUGGAGCAGUUAUAUUUUUGGCUCACUAGUACUUCCUGUGUAAGAAGUAGGGAAACAACAUUACCCGGAGUACCUGCAAAUGUAAAUUGUGUGCCAUUCUUGCUUCAGAAUUCUGUUGUGUUUUUCAGUUAAAGUUGUGGAUGCUGGUUGAUUUUCA